ACUAAACUUCCCAAACUCUCUACACAACACAGUUAACACUCCAAAACUUCGCAACAAAACCAAAUCAGAUCAGGUCCACUUGACAGAGAAUCUCCCACAUCACAAUCAAUGGCUCUUCCUCUCCGUCAGCAUUGCCUAAUAACCCCCACAAAAUCUUAUCUUUCUCCCCAAAAUACCCUUCCUCGUACACUCUCUUCUCGCCGGAGUAAUUUUCUCAAGUUCUCCGACCGUCGUCAUAUCCGUAGCUCGCCUCCAACGCAGCUCACCAAACCCAUCUCUCCGAAUGUCUCUCUCCACUCACUACUCGUCAGAUGCAGUCACCACGACGAAACUCAGUCAACUCACGACGAAAAGAUCCAAACUUUACAGGACUCGGAGAUCACCAACGAACAACCCAAGAAGGGGAAAAGCUUCUGGGCCGCCGUUAGUCUGAUCAUCGGAACCGCCGUGGGUCCCGGAAUGCUCGGCCUCCCCGCCGCAACCAUCAGAUCCGGCUCCAUCCCAUCGACCGUAGCUCUCCUCUGUUCUUGGGUCUACGUCAUCUCCUCUAUCCUCCUCGUCGCUGAGCUCAGCUUCGCAGCUAUGGAAGAAGACAACGCGUCGGAGGUCAGCUUUACAUCCCUUGCAACUAAAUCAUUUGGGAACAAAUUUGGAAUCUUUGUGGCUUUUGUCUACGCUUCGCUGAGUUUCGCUUUGAUGGUUGCUUGCGUCUCUGGCAUCGGCUCUGUUGUCUCUCAAUGGUUCCCCACCAUGAAUCCUCUGUUAGCCAAUGCUAUCUUCCCUCUGGUGUCUGGAACUUUGAUCGGUUUCUUCCCUUUUGAUGCUAUUGAUGUCACCAACAGGUGUCUCUGCUUCCUCAUGCUCUUCUCCAUAACUUCGCUUGUUGCGAUUGGUCUGUCCGUGGCGAGGUCCAACGUGUUGGCCUCGUUUGGUCAGUCUUGCUGGAAGGUCUCCGCGGUUUUACCCGCGGUUCCUGUUAUGGUGCUGACGCUGGGGUUUCAUGUCAUCACUCCUUUCAUAUGCAACCUCGCGGGGGAUUCGGUUACGGAUGCUCGGAGAGCGGUUCUCGUUGGCGGUGUUGUGCCGUUUGUUAUGGUGUUGUCGUGGAACCUCAUUGUUUUGGGGCUUGCGAGGAUCAAAGUCUCUUCUUCAGCCAUUGACCCGAUCUCGCUUCUUCUAUCUGUGAACCCUUCUGCUUUAUCUGCUGUUCGAGGCUUUGCCUUCUCGGCCUUAGCCACUAGUUUGAUCGGAUACGCUGUUAGCUUCCCUAAACAGCUUCUUGAUACAUGGGAGCUUGUGUCUAAGUCUAAGCAAUCGAGUGGAGAUGGAAGAAUUGGUACGGUAACUGAUGGGGGAGUUUCGUACAGUGAACCAGUAGGGAGAGGUCGUGAUGGAUUUGAAGCGGUGGUGAUGCUGUUUGUGCUUGGAGUUCCAGCUCUGAUUGCAACGUACUUUCCCUCGACGUUUUCGAGGGCUUUGGAUUUUGCAGGUGUUUAUGCAAACUGUUUCCUCUUUGGUGUACUGCCUCCUGCGAUGGCUUAUAUUCAGCAGUCUAGAAAGAAGCUCAGGUUAUGGGUUCUUCCAGGAGGCAACUUUACUUUGUUGGUCUUAUUUGUAAUCGCUGUUAUACUGGGAAUAUGGCAUUAGAUAGGGCAUCAAACAGAUAUGUAAUGUUUGCUUCAUUCUACGGAGACAUAAGACAUGAUCUUACUGGGCUAACCAGGCGUAGAUAAAGUAGAAGGAUUGGGACCUUGACAAAGAAAAUGCGUUCUCUGGUUCCUUGUAGAAACACUAAAAGUCUUUUAUCACAUAGCAAAUUCAAAUUUCA